UUUCUGCUUCACUACUUGUUGUCCAAACAGGACUGGACAGAUUUCAGCCGCCGGUCUCGUAUGGCCAACAAUGGAGAAUAAUGUGUUGAUUAAAAAGGUGUUCUGAUGGCGCAGUAAUCAACGCGCUGAGCUUUGUGCUCGGCGCUAGGGGGGUCAGUCUGCCAUCCAGCGUGCAGCCCCCGCUAAGCCCACCAACAACAGCUCGUGCUAAAGCCUCCCAACGCUACCAACAAUGAGAGCUUUGCGGGGACACUGGGCAAACUGCUGACUGUUCUCAACUGUUAAUUCACACCUAUUCUGUGCUGUCUACACACACACGCGCACUGGUUAGGAUGCAAAGUUGGGUGUAGGAUUGGACCCCUCCCAGCUUUUCCAUCCCUCGGUGUGAGCAACACUGAGAGCGUCGCUGGUGUGCCGGCUCCAAAGCGUCAAAGCCACCCCGGGAUCGCCUCCGCCUCAAGAGCCCCGAGCGCACGCUGCCGUGUUGGUGUGCUCCAGUGGCGUCCUCCUGCAGACCAUGUGUGAGUGUCUCCGUGGAAUAUUCCGAGUCACCUGGACACCUUCCUCCGAUGCAGACUCUGACAGAGAAGACGACGACGGCCAUGUUUGCAGCGCCAGCAGAGAUCAAGCCGUGAAAGAUAAGAAGCGGUCUCCCCCUUCCAGCAGACCCCCCGUUGGCCCACAACGCAACCCUCACCACUGCGCCUCUGCAGAGGAACACGACAGUCCCGAGAGAGCGGAGCAAAAGGAGAAGCUCCAUGCAGAGUUGAAGCAGGUGCUGAGUCAAAAGAGAAGUCAACUGAGAGUGUCCACCUGCCGACUGACCCAACCGGAAAUGGACCCGGAACCUUCUAUCGAGCAGACAGAGCAGAGCACGGCGGAAGCCGCCGAGCCUCCGGUGGAAAUUGUGGUGGAGACGGAGGCGGAGGCUGGAGCUAGCGGCUACAGCGUGACCGGCGGCGGAGAGCGAGGCAUCUUCAUCAAAGACGUGCUCAAAGACUCGCCGGCCGCCAAACAUCUCAGCCUGCAACAAGGUGACCAGCUGCUAAGCGCCAAGGUCUACUUCGACAACGUGCGCUAUGAAGACGCUCUGAAGAUCCUCCAGUGCGCCGAGCCCUACAAAGUAAGCUUCCUGGUCAAGAGGACUGUCCACGGGGAGGAGAUCUGCGUGCGGCCCCGCCUGCCCAGUGUGGACGUCAAAGGCCCCAAGGCCAAAAUGGCCAAAAUGAGCGUGAAGGCCAUCAAGCCGUUCAAGGCGAAGAAGAAGCGAGGCGGUCGCUUCGGUCUGAAGAGGCUAAAAGAGAAGCGGCGCGAGGAGCUGGUGAUCGAGGGAACGCCACCCCGGCUGGAAAUGACCAAUGUGGACGUGGAAUUUUGCCUCCCCACGUUCAAACACGGGCGGAGCGGCCACCUGGAGGCAGAAGGGGGCACUGCGGUGAAGGCAAAGAGGAAAAUCAGGUUUCCUCGGAUGAAGACAAAAGGUCAAAAUGGAGGAAAAGAGGAAAGCAGAGGAAUGGAAGCAAAGGUGAAGGUGUCCCCGGCUGAGAUUCCCAGAGCCAAAGUAAAAACCAAAGGAAAAGCCCCCAAGUUUGGAAUCAACUUCCCCAAGAGCAAGGACGCUAAGUCGGGAUCGGUGGAGCUGAGGAAGCCGGACGUAAAUAUCCCAUCGCCAUCUUUGGAGUUCAGUUUCCCUGCUGGGAAAGGCGUGGAUGUGGAGAUGGAGGGAGUAUCAUUGAAUUCCCCGGAUGUGAGGUUUGCCCUCCCCUCUGGCAAAGCACACACGUCUCUACCAGCAGGUAAGGGAAAGGUGGAAAUAAAAGCUCCGAAACUUGAAGUAAGAGGGGGCGAUGCCGAAGUCACUACGGGAAACGUUGACAUCGAAACAGGCAAAGGCGAUGGAAAACUGCGAAUGCCAAAGUUGAAACUUCCCAAAAUGAGACUCUCACGUCAUUCGGAUGAGAUUGAUGAUGACAAAAUGAAGGUCAAAGCAGAAGGAGACAUCGGCGUUCCAACGGUGGAAAUGAAAGGAGGAAGUGGUAUUGUUCUCCCUGAAGCACAUGUCACCAAAGGAGGCAUCUCAGGAAAUGUUCCAUCCAUUCAAAUGCCUUCUGUUGACAUCUCUUUACCCAAAGUCAAAGGAACAUCAGGCAUGGAUGUAAAGACAGCAACGAAGAAGCCUGGAAUAGAGUGUCCUGUGCCGGACGUGGAGCUGCAUGUUGGGAGAAUUCCUGAUGAGGUGGAGGGCACGUUUAAAGGACCAGAAAUUUCCAUGCCUGCACUUGAUAUCUCUUUACCAAAGAUCAAAUCCUCUGAUCUGGAUGCUGAAGGGAGAGGAAGUGGAGAGAAAUUCCGUCUUCCUUCCGUUGAGGUUGGAAUAGACAUGAGCCAUUACAUGGGUGGAGAUGGGAAGUUCACCUUACCGAAUUUGAAUGUAUCCCAAUCACAAAAAGUUGAUCUGAAACGACCAGAUGUUGCAGGAGGAUUCAAGUUACCCAGUGUGGACCCGACGCUUCUCAAAGGCAAAGACGUGGACCUGGAUCUGCCGGACGUUGACAUUUCUUUGCCAACAGUGAGUCUUCCAGGGGCUGGUGUCAAACUAAAAGGUCCAGAACUCAUGGGAGGGAAGUUGGAAAGGCCAGAUAUUGAUGUUUCAAUUCACAAAGGAAAACUUGAAGGUGGUGUUGAGCUUGACGGCCCCGACAUCAAAGGAGGAAAGUUGAAAAUGCCAACGUUGGAUGUUUCUUUACCAAAGGUCAAUCUUCCAGAGGGUGGUGUCAAACUAAAAGGCCCAGAAUUCAAGGGGGGGAAGAUGGAAAUUGCAGACAUUGGUGUCUCACUUUCCAAGGCUGAGGCAGAUUUUGACAUUGAAGGCCCUGACAUAAAAGGAGGAAAAUUCAAAAUGCCAACGUUUGAUGUUUCUUUACCGAAAGUUAAUCUUCCAGAGGGGGGUGUCAAACUAAAAGAUCCAAAACUCAGGGGUGGGAAGAUGGAACUGCCAGACCUUGAUGUCUCACUUCCCAAAGGAAGAUUUGAAGGUGGCGUUGAGCUUGAAGGCCCCGACGUCAAAGGACGAAAGUUCAAAAUGCCAACAUUUGAUGUUUCUUUACCAAAAGGCAGUCUUCCAGAGGGUACUGUCAAACUAAAAGGUCCAGAACUCAAAGGAAAGGUAGAAAUUCCGGACAUUGAUGUCUCAAUUCCAAACGUUGAGGGACAUUUUGACAUUGAAGGCCCUGAUGUAAAAGGAGGAAAGUUCAAAAUACCAACAUUUGAUGUUUGUUUGCCAAAAGUCAAUCUUCCAGAGAGUGGUGUCGAACUAAAAGGUCCAGAACUCAAAGGAAAGGUAGAAAUUCCAGAUGUCGAUGUCUCAAUUCGAAACGUUGAGGGACAUUUUGACAUUGAAGGCCCUGACGUAAAUGGAGGAAAGCUCAAAAUGCCAAAAUUGGAUAUUUCUUUCUCAAAAGUCAACAUUCCAGAGGGUAGUGUCAAGCUAAAAGGUCCAGAACUCAAGAGAGGGAAGAUGGAAAUGCCAGACCUUUCACUUCCCAAAGGAAAAUUUGAAGGUGGCGUUGAGCUUGAGGGCCCUGAUGUCAAAGGAGGAGACUUCAAAAUGCCAACAUUUGAUGUUUCUUUACCAAAAGGCAGUCGUAAAGAGGACGGUGUCAAACUAAAAGGUCCAGAACUGGAGGGAUGGAAGAUUGAGAUGCCAGAUCUAGAUAUGUCCUUCCCGCAAAGAAAAGCUGAAGGAGAGACUGGAAUUGAAGGGCAUGUUGGCAUGGGAGGAAAGUUUCAAAUGCCCUCUGUUGAUCUUUCUCUUCCUAAAAUGAAAACAAAAGGUCCAGAGAUCAAUAUUGAAGGUCCUGAAUUUAAAGGUGGAAAAGUCACCGCCCCAACUGUGGAUGUUUCCCUUCCCAAAGUUGAAGGCGACCUGGACCUUGAAAGCCCUCAUCUUAAAGUAGGAACAUUUAAAAUGCCAACAUUUGAUGUUUCUUUACCCAAAGUACAUUUUCCAGAGGGUGGUGUUAAAGUAACAGGUCCAGAACUCAAGGGAGGAAAGAUGGAAAUGCCAGACAUCGAUGUCUCACUUCCCAAAGGACAAUUUGAAGGUGGCAAUGAGCUUGAAGGCCCUAAUGUCAAAGGAGGAAAGUUCAAAAUACCUACAUUAGAUGUUUCCUUACCAAAAGUCAAUCUUACAGAGGGUGGUAUCAAACUAAAAGGUCCACAACUCAACAGAGGGAAGAUGAAAUUUCCAGACGUUGAUCUCUCACUUCCGGAAGGAAAAUCUGAAGGUGGUGUUGAGUUUGAAGGCCCUGACGUCAAAGGAGGAAACUUCAAAAUGCCAACAUUGGAUGUUUCCUUACCAAAAGUAAACCUCCCAAAGUUUGAUCUCAAUGUGGAAACACCAGAUGUAAAAGGAAAAAUUGAAAUGCCAUGUGUGGAUAUUUUGGUUCCAAAAGGAAAAGUUGAAGGUGACCUGAAUCUUGAAGGCCCUGAUGUCAAAGGAGGAAAGUUCAAAGUGCCAACAUUUGAUGUUUCUUUACCAAAAGUCAAUCUUCCAGAGGGUGGUGUCAAAUUAAAAGGCACAGACCUGAAGGGAGGAAAAAUAGAAAUUCCAGACGUCGAUGUCUCACUUCCAAAGGUUGAGGGAGAUUUCAACAUUGAAGGCCAUGAUGUCAAAGGAGGAAAAUAUAAAGUACCAAAAUUCAAUGUUUCUUUACCAAAAGUAAAUCUUCCAGAGGGCAAUGUCAAACUAAAAGGUCCAGAACUUGAAAGACGGAAGAUUGAGAUGCCAGACUUAGAUAUUUCAUUCCCUAAAGGAAAAGCAGAAGGAAAACUAGGACUUGAAGGGCAUGUUGGCAAGGGAGGAAAGUUUCACAUGCCCGCUGUUGAUCUUUCUCUUCCUAAAAUGAAAACAAAAGGUCCAGAGAUCAAUAUUGAAGGUCCUGAAUUUAAAGGUGGAAGAUUUACCGCCCCAACUGUGGAUGUUUCCCCUCCCAAAGUUGAAGGUCACCUGGAUCUUGAAGGCCCUGAUAUUAAAGGAGGAAAGUUUAAAAUGCCAACAAUAGAUGUUUCGCUACCCAAAGUCAAUCUUCCAGAGGGUGGUGGUAAAAUAAAAGGUCCAGAACUCAAAGGUGGAAAGAUAGAAAUACCAGACAUUGAUGUCUCACUUCCCAAAGGAAAAGUUAAGGGUGGUGUUGAUCUUGAGGGCCCUGAGAUCAAAGGAGGACAAUUCAAAAUGCCAACAUUUGAUGCUUCUUUACCCAAAGUAAAUCUUCCAGAGGGUGGGGUCAAACUAAAAGUUCCAGAAUUUGAGGGACAGGAGAUUGAGAUGCCAGACGUAGAUAUUUCAUUCCCUAAAGGAAAAGUUGAAGGAAAAAUGGGAAUUGAAGGGCAUGUUGGCAAGGGAGGAAAGUUUCAAAUGCCCUCCGUUGAUCUUUCUCUUCCUAAAAUGAAAACAAAAGGUCCAGAGAUCAAUAUUGAAGGUCCUGAUGUUAAAGGUGGGAAAGUCACCAUCCCAAGAGUUGAUGUUUCUCUCCCCAAAGUUGAAGGAGACUUGGAUCUUGAAGGCUCUGAUGUCAAAGGAAGAACGUUCAAAAUCCCAACAUUUGAUGUUUCUUUACCAAAUGUCAGUCUUCCAGAGUGUGGUGUUAAACUAAAAGGUCCAGAACAAAAGGGAGGAAAGAUGGAAAUUCCAGACAUUGACGUCUCACUUCCCAGAGGAAACAUUGAAGGGGGUUUUGAUGUUGAAGGCCCUCAUGUCAAAGUUCAAAAUGUUAAAGGAGGAAAGUUUAAAAUGCCAAAAUUUGAUGUUUCUUUACCAAAGGUAAACCUUCCAGAAGGCGAUGUCAAACUAAAAGGUCCAGAACUUGAGGGACGGAAGAUUGAGAUGCCAGACUUAGAUAUUUCACUCCCUAAAGGAAAAGCGGGAGGAGAAAUGAGCAAAGGAGGAAAGUUUCAUAUGCCCUCUGUUGAUAUUUCGCUUCCUAAAAUGAAAACAAAAGGUCCAGAGAUAAAUAUUGAAACGCCUGACAUUAAAGGUGGAAAAGUCACCAUCCCAACUGUGGAUGUUUCUCUUCCCAAAGUUGAAGGAGACCUGGUUCUUGGAGGCCCUGAUGUCAAAGGAGCAAAGUUCAAAAUGCCAACAUUUAAUGUUUCUUUACCAAAGGUUAGUCUUCCAGAGGGUGGUGUCAAAGUAAAAGGCCCAGAGCUCAAGGGAGGAAACAUGGAAAUUCCAGACAUCAGUAUCUCACUUCCCAAAGGAAAAGUUGAGGAUGGUGUUGAUCUUGAGGGCCCUGAUGUCAAAGGAGGAAAGUUAAAAAUUCCAUCAUUGGAUGUUUCCUUACCAAAAGUCAACCUUCCAAAGGGUGAUCCCAUUUUGGAAGCACCAAAAUUCAAAGGAAAAAUGGAAAUGCCAAGUGUGGAUAUUUCACUUCCAAAAGGAAAAGUUGAGGGAGAUAUAGACAUUGCAGGCGCUGACGUAAAAGGAGGAAAGUUCAAAUUGCCAACAUUUGAUGUUUCUUUACCAAAGGUCAGUCUUCCAGAGGGUGGUGUCAAAGUAAAAGGCCCAGAGCUCAAGGGAGGAAAGAUAGAAAUUCCAGACGUCGAUGUCUUGCUUCCCAAAGUUGAGGGAGAUUUUGACAUUAAAGGCCUUGAUGCAAAAGGAGGAAAGUUCAAAAUGCCAACGUUAGAUAUUUCUUUGCCAAAAGUCAAUCUUCCAGAGGGUGGUGCUAAAAUAAGAGGCCCAGAAUUCAGUGGAGAGAAGAUUAACAUGCCAGACUUUCAUAUGUCACUUCCUGAAGGAAAAGCAGAAGGAGAAAUAGGAAUUGAAGGGCAUAGUGCUAAAGGAGGAAAGUUUCACAUGCCCUUUGUUGAUAUUUCUCUUCCUAAGUCAAAAAUAAAAGGUCCAGGGAUAACUAUUGAAGGUCCUGACGUUAAAGGUACAAAAGUCACCAUGCCAACAGUUGACGUUUCUACUCCCAAAAUUGAGGGGGACCUGGAUAUUGAAGGCCCUGAUGUUAAAGGAGGAAACAUCAAAAUGCCAACAUUAGAUGUUUCUUUACCAAAGGUCAAUCUUCCAGAAGGUGGUGUCAAACUAAAAGGUCCAGAACUCAAAGGAAAGAUGGAAAUUCUAGACGUUGACGUCUCACUUCCAAAAGUUGAGGGAGGUGAAGGCCCUGAUGUCAAAGGAGGCAGGUUUAAAAUGCCCAAACUUGAUGUUUCUUUCCCAAAAGUCAGUCUUCCAGAGGGUGGUGUCAAAUUAAAAGGUCCAACACUCAAGGGAGGAAAGAUGCAAGUUACAGACAUCGAUGUCUCUCGUCCCAAAGGAAAAGUUGAGGGUGGUGUUGAACUCGAAGGCCCAGACUUCAAAGGAGGAAAGUUCAAAAUGCCAUCGUUGGAUGUUUCUUUACCAAACGUCAGACUUCCAGAGGGUGGUAUUAAAAUAAAAGGUCCAGAUCUUGGGGGAAGGAAGACUGAUUUGACAGACGUUGAUGUCGCACUUCCCAAAGGAAAAGUAGAAGGAGAAAUGGGAAUUGAAGGACAUUUAAGUAAAGGAGGAAAGUUCCAUAUGCCCUCUGUUGAUAUUUCUAUUCCUAAAAUAAAAACAAAAGGUCCAGAGAUAAAUAUUGAAGGCCCUGAUGGUAAAGGCGGAAAAGUCACAGAACCAACGGUUGAUGUUUCCAUACUAAAAGUCAGUCUUCCGGGGGGGGGUCUUAAACUAAAAGGUCAAGAACUCAAGGGAGGAAAGAUGGAAAUACCAGACAUUGAUGUCUCACUUCCCAAAGCUGAGGGAGAUUUUGAUGUUGUCGGCCCUCAAGUCAAAGGAGGAAAGUUCAAAAUACCAACAUUUGAUGUGUCUUUACCAAAAGUCAAUCUUCCAGAGGGGGGAAUCAAACUAAAAGGUCCAGAACUCAAAGGAGGGAGGAUGGAAAUUCCAGACAUUGAUGUCUCACUUCCCAAAGGAAAAGCUGAGGGUGCUGUUGAACUUAAAGGCCCUGAUGUCAAGGGAGGAAAGUUCAAAAUACCAACAUUUGAUGUUUCUUUACCAAAAGUCAAUCUUCCAGAAGGGGGAAUCAAACUAAAAGGUCCAGAACUCAAGGGAGGGAAGAUGGAAAUUCCAGACAUUGAUGUCUCACUUCCAAAAGUUGAGGGAGAUCUUGACAUUGAAGGCCCUGACGUCAAAGGACGAAAGUUCAAAAUGCCAACGUUGGAUGUUUCUUUACCAAAAGUCAAUCUUCCAGAGGGUGGUGUCAAAUUAAAGGGCCCAGAUUUCGGUGGAGGGAAGAUCGACAUGCCAGACAUUGAUAUGUCACUCCCUAAAGGAAAAUUUGAAGGACAAACGGGGAUUGAAGGGCAUCUUGAUAGAGGAGGAAAGUUUCAUAUGCCCUCUGUUGAUAUUUGUCUUCCAAAAAUGAAAGCAACAGGCCCAGAAAUAAAUAUUGAAGGCCCUGACGUCAAAGGUGUAAAACUUACCAUGCCAACAGUUGAUGUUUCUAUUCCCAAAGCUGAGGGAGACCUGGAUAUUGAAGUCCCUGAUGUCAAAGCAGGAAAGUUCAAAAUGCCAACAUUUGAUGUUUCUGUACCAAAAGUCAAUCUUCCAGAAGGUGGCCUCAAACUAAAAGGUCCAGAACUCAAAGGAAAGAUGGAAAUUCCAGAUGUUGACGUCUUGCUUCCAAAGGUUGAGGGAGACAUUAACAUUGAAGGCUCUUAUGUCAAAGGAGGUAGGUUUAAAAUGCCCAAACUUGAUGUUUCUUUACCAAAAGUCAAUCUUCCAGAGGGUGGUGUCAAACUAAAGGGUCCAACACUCAAGGGAGGAAAAAUGCAAGUUCCAGACAUCGAUGUCUCUCUUCCCAAAGGAAAAGUUGAGGGUGGUGUUGAACUCGAAGUCACGGACAUGAAGGGAGGGAAGUUCAAAAUGCCAUCGCUGGAUGUUUCUUUACCAAACAUAAAUCUUCCAGAGGGUGGUAUUACAAUAAAAGGUCCAGACCUUGAGGGAAGGAAGAUUGACAUGCCAGACAUCGAUGUGUCAUUUCCCAAUGACAAAGCAGGAGCGGAAAUAGGAAUUGAAGGAGGAGGGAAGUUUCAUAUGCCCUCUGUUGAUAUUUGUCUUCCCAAAAUGAAAACAAAAGGUCCAGAGAUAGAUAUUGAAGCUCCUGACAUUAAAGGUAGAAAAGUCACCAUGCCAACGGUUGAUGUUUCGCUCCCUAAAAUUAAAUCUCCAGAAGUAGAUGUCAGUUUGGAGGGUCCUGAUGUAAAAGGUGGAAAAGUCACCAUCCCAGCAAUGGCUAGAAUGACAGGAGAAAGUGCAGGUUCAGGUUCUCUUAAACGUGGCACAGUCAAACUUCCAACUGUUGACAUCUCCGCUCCGAAGGUGGAUCUUGACUUUGGCCUCACCAAACCAAAAGGUGACGAUGUGGAAGUGGCGCUUCUAAAAGCAGAGGGAAGCAGGCCUUCUUCUGGGGGAAGUUUUGAUUUGCCUAAUGUCUCUCUCAAAGUCCCCAGUUUUACUCUUCCCAGGUUUAGUGGAAAGUCCAAGGCUGGUCAUUUGGAGGCAUCGGGACAAAGCUGUGAGGGUGACAUUUCUCUCAGAGCGCCAUCCAUGGAGUUGGGUUUGGACAGCAAAGACCAGGGGAAAAAAGCUAAACUCAAAAAGCCCUCCUUUGGAAUAUCCAAAACAGAUGCAGAUGUGUCUGUGUCUUGUCCUGAAUUAGAUGUCAAUUUAAAAAAGGGGGGGAUUGACAUUCCGAAACCAGAUACCAAUGUUGACGUGGAAGGGAAAGGUCGUUUCCAUGCACCUGAUAUCACUAUCAAACUCCCAAAGUUCUCCAUGCCGGGAUUUGUUUCAAAAGAUGGAACUUUGGGAAGGCCCAGUAGUGACCGUGAAGCUCAGGCCAAGGCCAAAAUGCCCUCAGUUGAGCUAUCACUUCCUGCCACUAAAACACCAGAAAUGGAGGUUCUUCUCCCCAAAGCAGAGGUGGACGUAUCAGAGGGUGACAUCCGAACCUAUGAGGGAGACCUGAAAAUUCCCAAAAGGCCUGUGAUUGAUGUGUCUGCGCCCAAAGUAGACCUGGCUGUGCCACUUGAGUCCAGUUAUGAGAGAGAAGGAACGAAAUUCAAGGUGCCCGAUUUGGACUUAUCCCGACUGAAAGGAAAAAUCAGCAGAAUGCCGAAAAGCAAAUCUUCAAAGAUUGAAGCACCAGAAGUUAAACUCAAAAUGCAGUCAAUAGACAUUUCAAUUCCCAAGGCACCAGAUGUUGACCUUCACGGAGAUGGAAGAGUUGACUUUAACAUGCCACAUGCCAACAUUGACCUUCCGGAAGCAACAACACCAAAGACAGACAUAUCCAUCCCCAAAGACAAAGUUGGUUUGCAUGUGAAGGGAGAGCAUUCAGGUCUGAAACUGAAGAUGCCAAGACUGGAUAUCCAGGGUCCAAAAGGAGACCUGGAGCUGGACUUGCGUUUUCGGAGAGGAGAGGGCAGGAUGGAAGUAUCUGAUUUAGAAACCAACAGCAAAGUCAAAGGGCCCAAAGUCAAGGGAACAAAGUUCAAUAUUGGAAUGCCAAAAAAGAAAAAUGGUGGCGGUGUAAAGGUUGAGCAGGACAUUGAGAUUAUUCAGCCUGGAAUCUAUGGUCCGACAUCCUCAAGUCACAACGGACACAAAGAGGUAAAUAUUAAUGUCCAAAUGCCAAGUGUUACGUUACCAAGUGUAAGUGUGACCAGCAAACAAGGCUCAGCAGAAUGUGGCCUCCCGUCAUCAUCAAGUACAGUCCCCAGGAUUCCAGACAUAGACUUUGAUAUUGGCACAGCACAGGACGAAGACGAGGACAAACUGGGCAAGAAGAUAAAAAUCCCCAAGUUUGGUGUCCCUCUACCUUCCCUGUCCUCCCCAGAAGGGAGGAUGGAGAUAUGUGGCCCGCAGCUCAAAUACGAGGGUCCCAAAGUCCCCAAAGUAAAGAAAGCAGUUUUUGUUUUAGUAAAUCCACCUCAAACCGACGAUGUGACUCUAAAUACAGGUGAUGCCAAGGUAAAGAUUCCAACACUCCAAACAAAGUCCAUAGAAACAUCUGUUGACACACCUGGAAUGUCAGCGUGUGCGAGUUCAUUAAGGUCAGCUGACCUCACGCUCAAGCCGGAAGGUCCAAGUUCAAGGUUCCACUUUGAAAAAGAGGCAAGUCCUCACAAGGGAGCAGCAGCGAGUGCAAAAGUCAAACUUCCAAAGGUGGAAUUCACUUCUCCUUAUGGCAAGAAAACUGCAGGUCACGCCAACUUGGAAAUGACAACCAGACUAGACACACCUUCAUUUUCAGGAGAAGACCCAAAAGGGCUCCAAAUAAAACCUGGCAAGGUUUCAUUUGAAGGUUUCGUUGAGUCCUCCUCAAAAGAAGUUGUCUCACAGCACUCCAGAACGGAAAGGUUGGACGGGGACAGCUCGGGAUCGCCAGCUGGUUUUACCAUGGAGUUCAGCUCGAUGAAGGUCCGAACCUGGGGUGAGGGAGAUACCAAAGGAGAACCCCAAGGGAGAGAGUCUCCCCCAUGGUUCAAGGUCCCCAAGUUCACCCUGAAACCACACUCUACAGGCUUCCUCCAGAUCACGCCGGAGGGAUCUCCUCGGGCACAGCGGCGAGGGGAGCUGGGAGGCGAGGCCGACGUCUCGGGCUCCUUCUGCCCGCACGCUUCCGACGUCACCGCAAGCGACGUGUCCUCACCGGUGGGAGGAGGCUCGGUUACCAUGGUGACCAAGACCACCAGGACGACACGGCGCGCCACGUCGGCCGCGACGCCAGCGGGCGACUCGGCGGUGACCGCUCACCCGCCGUCAGAUCUCUGAGGAGCCGGACAGGGCUGCAAAAUCAAAGUCUUUAUUUUGGGAGAUGCAGACACUCCCCAACUUACAAACGAGUUACGUUCCACAACACCGUUUGUAACUUCGAGCCUUCGUAAGUCGUUAUUUUGCAAUUUUUCUAUUGUCACUAUGUAUUACUUAGUGCCAGUGCUCUCUCUCUCUCUCUCUCUCUCUCUCUCUCGCAUCGUUCGUUUGUUAAAAACUUAAAUCGUAAACUCAAGUUUAAUAAUACAUACUGUAAUACAGUACAGUGCUUCGAGAUCUGCUCCAUAUGUAAAAUGCCUUGUAAAGUGAUUUGGCGCUAAAUAAAUCAAAUUAAAUUGCACUGAAUUAAAUUCGAACUUGCCUGUAUACUGUGAAAAACCAUCAAAACGAUUGCGCGGAAAAUGCACCGCAACGUAGCGGAGGUUCACUGCACAAAGAAGGCGUGCUACACAAAAUUCAAACUUCAUUUCUGGGAAGUAACACUCAAGUGUUCCUAUGUCCGAAUGUCAGUCAAUUGAAUGUUCAGAAGUAGAAGAGUGUCUGUAUUCAUGUGUUGAAAAUUCAGCAUUAUUAACAGAGUAAUAUAUAUUUACUUUUUCAUUUUUCAUUGUGCCAUUUCUUUUUUUUUUUUUGUAACUGCGUCUCCAAGUGUUUUAGUGGCGUUUGAGUUAUUUUCAAUACUUAUUGUGAAGCAAUUUAAUUGUCGUCGGAGUUACAUUUGACAGUACUGCCAGAGGAUUAUGUAAAUACAAGUAUGUCCCUUGUGGAGGUAAUUCAUUCAUUAGUAUUAUUAUCAUAUUUUCCGAGAGUAGCAGCGGGAAUGUGGAUGUCACUUUGGUUUGUGUGUCUUUGAGGUUUCUUUGAGAUUGUGACAAAUUUUGUAUUUUUAGCUCGUCAGUCAGGCCGGAAAACAUUUUUUUUUUUGCCGUUUGUGUGGAUACUGUAACCGUGCUGCUGUUCUAAUUCAUAUUUCCAUUUUUCAUGCAUCUCGAGCAAGCAAUAUCUUGCAAAAUUGAAAUCUUCACAUAGAUACUAUAUGGACAGAGUUAUCAACUCAACAGUACAGAAUACAAAUGGAUAGCUUAUGCGUCAAUAUAGUGUAUAUACAGCUCACACUCAUUUUUACAACAUAAUAGUUUGUCAUAAAUAGUACAAAUAAGAGGUUAGAUUCUGUAAAAUAGAAAACAUCUGACAGCACUACAGCACGUCAGUAAAAUCACAUUUCUUAUGCGAGACAUUUGAGAAUGUAUAUGCAUGUACAUUUCUACUUUGGUUGCUGUGCCUGUUUUGCAGGUGAAAUUAAUUUUAUUUUACAAUUUUUCAAAUGCUGGAUAGAGUAUACGUAAGUACACACUGAGCUGUUUGUGUAGAAGCAAUGACUUUUGUGGUUUGAACGUGUUUGUGUAAGUGCUAAAUGUUGUGUUGUCACAACUGCAUUGGAAAGAUUGUUGGUGAAGAUAUUGCAUAAAUAAAAUAUUUACACAUCA